AUCUUUUAUGUUGUGAGGGAAGUUGUCAGCUUCGAAAGUCAGCUGUUUUUAUUUACUAGUAUUUUGUUUACAUCUUUAUUUGUUAAAAGAAAUGGAAUCCCUUGCAAAAUAUCGUUAUAGUUUGGUGGCUGGCUCCUUUGCAGCUGGAGGAAGCUUUUUUGGCAAACUUCCCAGUCACCUUAGCGCUCAGAAGCUUUUUUAUACUUCUGGGGCUCUCUCAGAUUCUUCCUAUUUAGAAAUCGCUAUCCUUCGAGUCCUGCCUCUGGUUCUUAUGCUAAUCUGCAAUGUUAGCAACUUGCGUUGUUUUCUAAAAGCUCUGCAAAUGACUGAUCAAACGUUAACCUGCGUUGUUUUGACGGCCGCCUCUAAUUAUGUCUUAUCGUUUAUUUUAGGUGCAAUUGUUUAUCAAGAACCACUUUCAGCAUUAUCUGGCAUUGGUAUAGCACUAAUUUUAGCUGGCCUGUGGUUCCUUUGCGAUGAGGGAGAAGUCGAAUCCAAGGAAAAGAAACUAGGAAAGCAGAAUUAAUUGGAAAAAUUUUUCAAUAAACUAGGUAUAGUUUCUUAAGCAUUUAUCUAUAUUAAAUUGGAUACUAAAGGAAUUUUCUAGAAAAAAUAGUUUUUAGUUCAUUAAUUAAAGCAAAGCCUUUACAUUUGAAAUAUGUAUACUUUUAUGAAAAAGAAAUUAUUCUCAACAUUUUUGCCAUUUUAUAGCCCCAAAAACUUUGUUUCUAUUAGAAUCAUCCCGACAAUUCUAAUAGAUAAAAAAAACGAUUAGUUUAUAUACCUUUGUUUAAUAUAUGUACUAUUUUGCAAAUACAUAGCUUUCAUUUCA